AUGGCUAACCGCGGAGCAACAUGGGACCCUCAAGUCCAUUCCAUCUCGGAUUUGAAGACGCUGGGAAGCAGCAGGCUCCCGAAAAUGUACAGAGACUACUAUAACGAGGGAGCUAUGGACUUGAUCACGCUACAAGACAACGAAGAGGCCUACAAUCGCUACAAGAUCAAGCCGCGCAUCCUCGUCAACGUCAAGGAUAUCGAUCUGACUUCGGAAAUCUUUGGCUGCAAGACUUCGCUCCCUCUUGGGUUCUCACCAACGGCAAUGCAACGUCUGGCUCAUCCGGACGGCGAAUUGGCGACCUCGAGAGCAGCGGCCAACUUUGGCAUCGCCAUGUGUUUGUCUUCUUACGCCACCGAGCCCAUCGAAACCGUAGCAGCUCAAGGCAAAGGCAAUCCUUAUGCUAUGCAGAUGUGCGUGCUACAGGACCGGAAGAUCACCAAGCAGAUUCUUCAACGAGCGGAGAGUGCUGGGUGCAAGGCGUUCUUCUUGUCGGUGGAUGUCCCGAUGCUUGGCCGGAGAUUGAACGAGUACCGCAACAAUUUCUGUCUGCCCGAGGACAUGGAGUGGCCCAAUUUGCUUCUGACGGGUAAGGAGGAGUUUGCUCAGCAAAACAUCGACGAGACGAAGGGGUACGACUACGAUCCGGCCCUCGACUGGGACAGCGCUAUCCCGUGGCUGAGGUCGCAGACGAAGAUGCAGCUGUGGUUGAAGGGAGUGACGUCUGCCGAGGAUGUCAUGCUGGCGGUGAAGUAUGGGAUCGAUGGCGUGGUGGUGUCUAAUCAUGGCGGAAGACAGCUGGAUGGGCAGCCGGCGACUUUGGAUUCGUUGCGAGAAUGUGUGACUGCGGCGGCGGGUAAGAUUCCGGUCGCCGUGGAUGGUGGCAUUCGGAGAGGGUCGGACAUCUUCAAGGCGUUGGCGUUGGGAGCGAGUCAUUGUUUUAUUGGGAGGAUCCCGAUCUGGGGGUUGGCGUACAACGGCCAGGAAGGCGUCGAGCUCGCGUUGAAGAUCUUGAUGCAGGAGUUGAAGUUGACUAUGGGUCUGGCUGGGUGUCGGUCGAUCAAGGACAUUUCGCGGAAUCACGUUACAUAUUUGAAUUCGGAGGGGGUGUUGGCGAAGCUGUAG